CUCAGCCGUCGCCGAUUUGAGCUGUCUGGGAGCCUCCGCCCCAGGGAUGGUUUAAGAUGAAUACAGACGCGGCAGUGCUGGGGGAAGAGGGAACGGGGUUUGAGAUGGUGAUUAGGAAUGGUGAUGGAACCUUUCAGAUGGUGGUGGUGCAUCGGACGAGGAAGAAGUGGCCACCGGAGACGGCAGAAGCACUCGUCGUCCUCCGGGGUUUGAAAUUGGCAAAAAGCCAUCAUUUUGUGCCUUUAAUUGUGGAAACAGAUUGCAAAUCAUUGGUUCAGAAGCUGGACAGAAGGGAUUCAACGGCAUGGGAGAUUGGUGGGAUUUGUGAUGAAAUCAAGGAAUUGGCUGAGGAAGAUGGAAAUGUGAGAUGGAGGUUCUGGGGGAGGGCUGGGAAUGAAUGUGCACACCUAAUGACUCGUAUUCGAUGCCGACCGGAGGAGUCAGAGAUCUUGUUCAACCGGGCCCCUAUCUUUCUUAUACCUCAAUUAUCGAAAGAUGGCAUUGUAGUCCCUGAACUCUCAUAAUUUUCAAUACAGAUUUUCUUAUAAAAAAAAUCUCGUUGUGACUCAAUUAAUAAUUAACCAGACAUGAAAAGAAUUAAUUGAUAACGUUUUACCUUUUUUAGAAGAUAAUUAUUUCUAUUGAUUAGAAAUUUAGAAUAAAAGAUUAUUACAUCCUUGUAUUUAACCAGGUUAGAUAAUUAAUUAAAAUACACGUAGUCGGGUACAAAGAAAAGACAUUUCGAACCACCAAAUGGGCUACCCUAUUACUACUCCGACCUACAAAUCGCACAUUAAGCCUAGUUUGAAUAACCAAAUAAUGCACAACCUCCUCAAAGAUGGUCUGAUUAUCGCAAGUAUCAGCCUGAUUGAUUUUAUCAAUGACCACUUUGGUGUCUCAUUCGAAUCUCGUCUCAGUGAACCCGUUUUUCAGACACCAAAGAAUAGCCUCCCGGAUAACGAGUAGCUCGAUAACAAUAGGAUCAUCAAUAAUAGAAAAUUGCACGCCUCUAGCCAAGAGGACCCUCCCUCCUUGGUCCAUGAUUACAAUUUCCCCAGCCGAGUGUGACCCACGCUUAGUUGCCCCACCCCACAUACAGACAACUGAACUAUGGUGCCCCGCACCCAUUGAAUGAACUCGUGGGUUGGCUACCCGCUCAAGAUGAUCAAUUGGAAAACUGAUCCACUCUUGGUACUAUUGGUAAAACUGGUGCAUUAACGGUGGGAUCGCAAAUUUUUUGUCAUCAAAGACAACCCAAUUUCGUGAGCGCCCGACCCUCCAUAGGACCGUAACAACUGCCAUAAACAGCUGGGGUUGAUGUAUCAAUAACAUCAACUUUUUAAGAACGAGCUGAAUGUGUGAAAAUACAAAACCUAACCAAGAUACUCAAGUCCGAAAUGAUCCCAUAAAUUAGGUCCUUGCCCCCGAGCAGUCAAGAAACAAGUGCUCCAGUGUUUUCGAUUCUGUCCAACAAACCGGGCACCUGGGGGCCACCUGGACUUUCUUCUCAAUAAGAGCCUCCAUCGUAGGAAGGGUCCGCUGGAAAAUUUGUCAUAAAACACCUAUAAUUUGAGUUUGAAUAUUGGCCUCCCACAUUCAUAUCUAACUCGACCUAUCCAUCCAACUAGCCAAUAAUAGCCACCGCCCCUCCUGCUUAUCCAGCAAGAUUACAAGAUGAUAGGCAGACUUGACCGUGAAUACCCUAUCACCCGUGUGAUGUCAGAUCAACCUAUCCUUCACAUCACAACGAGGAAGGGGAAUAGCUUUGAUGGCACGACAAGUUGUUGGGUUAAACCACUUGCUAAGUUUAAGAUCGCACCACUGACCCUCCCCCUGGCAAAUCACUUUCGCUACCUUUGGGUUGCCACAUUCAGGUAACACUUGAGGAUUAUAUAUAGGGGUAUGUGGAAGUAAAUGUGGAACCCAAUUAGAGUGAAGCAGAGGAGUUGUACACCCAUUAACAACCUGUCAGCGCAGGCCCUUGACCAAUAACUGCCGGCCAAAGAGGAUACUCUGUCACCCUCAAGAAAACCCAGAUCGAGCAUUGGCCUCAAGGAAAUUCCCUAUAGGAAAAUAUUUAUCCUUGUAAACCUGGGCAAGGAGCGACUAGGGUUCAUUCAGGAUGUGCCAAUCAAUCUUAGCCAAGAGCGUCUGAUUAAAAUGUUCAAAAUGGC